AUGGCCGACAACCACUUGACCCUGUUCUGUCUUGUUGAUGGAGAGGAUACCUCCAAUGCGUUCUCUAUCAAGAUUCCUUCAAGCGACACUAUUGAUGAUCUUCCAAACCUCAUCAUGGCCAAAAAGACCAUGGCCUAUCCUUCCACCUGUCCCUGGCUCCAGCCCCUACUCUCCCUAGCCAACUCUCGGAUCAAUCUCGCCCCAGCACCCCUCUCUCUGAUCGAACAUGCCACUGGAAAGAAUGGAGGACAUGCAAUCACAAGACUUUCCGGUAUUUGGCGUAUCCGGAUGUGGAAAACUCGUUCGGUGUUAGGGAUGCUCUGCCUUCAAUGGGGAUUAUAUCUCAAUGCGGCAAAGAAUGAGCUUGGAUUGAACGAUCUCAGUCGACUUCCCGAUUCCAUUGGCACCGAAGCAAUGGAGGAACAAGGUCCUGGUCAUAACACCGCCUUCGCAUGCAACAAGACCCUUUUGCUUUUCCUCUCCCGACUCUUGGUCCUCAAAUACUGUUUGCGGAUCUCCGAUUGCCGCCAGACGUUUUCCAGCGCAAGUUGGGCCUUACUCCAGGUCUGUCUUCACAUGUUCCAAGACGUAUUCUCAGAACUGCUCUCGAUACUCUAUAACAAGCUGGAAGGACUUACGAUAUUCGAGUCAGCAUUGAGACCUAUUGUCCGACACGAACUUCUUUCAGUGCGAAAGAGUCUUGCUGCUCAUGCCUAUCCCAAUUUCUCAAGCGAGUCCAAGCUAAGGCUGGUCGUGGACAAAGCCCAGGAUCUGAGCGACAAGGGCAGUACAAAAUUCCAGUCAUUCCAGGAUGGACCGGUGCCGAUAUGGUACAAGCACUCGCCGGCAGAUUCAGACCUAUCGUCACGGCUAUUCGAAGGAAUUCUCGAGAUCGUGAAGUGGAAUGCUGCCAUCGACAAGACCGAGACCAUGAUUACAUCUUGGAAGGAUCGAGAGCGCCGAGGAAACUUGUGCGGAGAAUUCAACCGGUAA